GCUGGGCGGAGUCUGCCAGUUCAAAGGUUGACCCACCUGCGCAGCCUCUCCUCCAGCCAGACCUCACGUGGCGCCAGAAGAACUGGAGCCGCCGGUCAACUGGAACGAAAGUGGAGCGCGCUUUUCCACGUGGGCAAGACUACUGCUGGGCCUG